AUGGCGUCAGAGAAGAAGCUCGUGAAUGUGUUGAUGGUGGGAACUGGAGAGUACACCACAGGUUUUGUUGGAGGUGGCGCGUCUGGCUCAGACAAGAAGGUCGGAGUUGUCGGUUUGACUCUCUUCGAUCUUCGACGCCGGGGUAAGGUUGGUAACCUGAGCAUGGUUGGCACGAAUGGCACCAAGUUCCCUGCUAUCAGGCAACACUUGGAUACCAACAUCUCCAAGGUAUACAACAGCUUAGACACUUCAUUCGACUCGUUCCCACCAAACGACAAGAAGGACCCCGAUGCGUACAAGGCGGCUAUCGAUGCGCUGAGCCCCGGCGAUGCGAUCACCAUUUUCACUCCUGACACCACUCACUACCCCAUUGCCCUGUAUGCCAUCGAGCGUGGUAUUCACGUUCUCAUCACUAAGCCCGCUGUCAAGACGCUCGAGCACCAUAUCGAACUGAUUGAGGCGGCGAAAAAGAAGGGCGUUUUUGUGUUUAUUGAACACCACAAGAGAUUCGACCCUGCCUAUGCCGAUGCCAGAUAUAAGGCGCAGAAGCUCGGUGACUUCAACUACUUCUACUCAUACAUGUCACAACCAAAGUCGCAACUCGAGACUUUCAAGGCAUGGGCUGGUGUUGAUUCGGACAUCUCAUACUACCUGAACAGCCAUCAUAUCGACAUUUGUGACUCAAUGGUGUCACAAAACGACUUUGUUCCCAUCAAGGUAUCCGCUUCAGGUGCCAAGGGUAUUGCGACAAGUCUGGGCUGUGACCCCAUCACCGAGGACACCAUUACUGUUCUCGUUACAUGGCAGAAGAAGAGCGACCCGUCCAAGAUUGCCACUGGUGUCUACACAGCGUCUUGGACUGCCCCUCAGAAGGCUGGUGUGCACAGCAACCAAUACUUCCACUACAUGGCAUCCGGUGGUGAAGUGAGGAUCAACCAAGCAAAGCGUGGCUACGACGUCGCCGAUGACACAGCAGGUCAGCUGCAGUGGUUUAACCCCUUCUACAUGAAGUACGCGCCUGAUGAGGAAGGCAAUUUCAAUGGCCAGACGGGGUACGGUUACAUCUCUUUCGAGAAGUUCGUGGAUUCCGUCAAUGCUCUGAACGCUGGUACCGUCACUCUGGACGAACUCGACAAGCGUGGCCUGCCCACACUCACCAACACAAUAGCGACCACAGCAAUUCUUCACGCUGGCCGCAUUGCCAUCGACGAGGACCGCGAGGUUAAGAUUGAGGUGAAGGAUGGUGCAUGGAAGCUCAUCUGA